AUGGUGGACCUGGAGAGCGAGGUCCCUCCGCUUCCUCCCAGGUACAGAUUCCGCGAUUUGUUGCUGGGCGAUCAGGGAUGGCAGAACGAUGACAGAGUACAAGUUGAAUUUUACAUGAAUGAAAACACAUUUAAAGAGAGGCUGAAGCUGUUUUUCAUCAAAAAUCAAAGAUCAAGCCUCAGAAUACGCUUGUUCAAUUUUUCACUCAAGCUACUCAGUUGUUUGUUGUAUAUAGUCCGAGUGCUUCUGGAUGAUCCUUCGCAACAACAUGGAUGGUCGCCUAUUAUUUGGGUGAACAGAAGCUUACCUUUAUGGGGACUGCAGGUAUCAGUGGCUUCCAUAAGUCUUCUGGAAACAACGCUCCUGAGUUAUCUCAGCUAUAAAGGAAACAUCUGGGAACAAGUUGUGCGGAUUCCUUUUCUGUUGGAAAUUAUCAAUGCUAUUCCUUUCAUCAUUACAAUUUUCUUGCCUGCAUUAAGAAAUUUAUUUAUCCCAGUAUUUUUAAACUGUUGGCUAGCCAAGCAUGCUCUGGAGAAUAUGAUUAAUGAUCUUCAUAGAGCCAUCCAACGUACACAAUCUGCGAUGUUUAACCAAGUUCUGAUUCUAAUAUCCACGUUGCUGUGUCUUAUCUUUACAUGUAUUUGUGGAAUUCAACAUCUGGAGCGUGCAGGGAACCGGCUGACUCUCUUUGACUCCCUUUAUUUCUGCAUAGUGACAUUUUCCACGGUGGGCUUUGGGGAUGUAACUCCCAAGAUCUGGCCUUCCAAACUGUUGGUUGUCAUUAUGAUCUGCGUUGCCCUUGUAGUAUUACCAAUUCAGUUUGAACAGCUCGCAUAUUUGUGGAUGGAAAGACAAAAAUCAGGUGGAAAUUACAGCCGACACAGAGCUCAGACAGAAAAACAUGUGGUAUUGUGUGUCAGCUCACUUAAAAUUGACCUGCUUAUGGAUUUCCUAAAUGAGUUUUACGCUCAUCCCAGGCUCCAGGACUAUUAUGUGGUUAUCUUGUGUCCCACGGAGGUGGAUAUUCAGGUGCGCCGAGUACUGCAAAUCCCAAUGUGGUCUCAAAGAGUUAUUUAUCUGCAAGGUUCAGCACUGAAGGAUCAGGACCUGCUAAGAGCUAAGAUGGAUGACGCGGAGGCCUGUUUCAUUUUAAGCAGCCGUUGUGAAGUAGACAGAACUGCAGCAGAUCAUCAAACCAUUUUAAGAGCUUGGGCAGUUAAAGAUUUUGCACCCAGUUGUCCUCUAUAUGUUCAGAUCCUGAAGCCUGAAAAUAAGUUUCACAUCAAAUUUGCAGAUCAUGUUGUCUGUGAGGAGGAAUUCAAAUAUGCAAUGUUAGCAUUAAACUGCAUUUGCCCAGCAACCUCUACACUCAUCACCUUGUUAGUUCAUACCUCAAGAGGGCAGGAAGGCCAACAAUCGCCAGAACAGUGGCAGAAAAUGUAUGGGAGAUGCUCCGGCAAUGAAGUGUAUCACAUUAACCUGGAGGAAAGUGUGUUUUUUGCUGAAUACGAGGGAAAGAGCUUCACAUAUGCAUCUUUUCAUGCACACAAAAAGUUUGGUGUCUGUUUAAUUGGUGUUAGGAGGGAAGACAACAAAAAUAUUUUGCUGAACCCAGGCCCUCGCUAUAUUAUGAGUUCGUCAGACAUAUGCUUUUACAUUAACAUCACAAAAGAAGAAAAUUCAGCUUUUAAGAAGCAAGAGCAGCUCCGAAAAAGUCACCCAUCCAGAUCAUUUUAUCAGGGUCCUUCUCGGUUGCCUGUCCACAGCAUCAUUGCUAGUAUGGGUACUGUGGCUAUAGAUUUGCAAGAUACGGGCUGCAGAUCUCCCAGUGGGCCUACGCUCACCCUUCCUUCAGAGGCAGGGAAAGCAGGCAGAAGACCAAGCAUAGCUCCAGUCUUGGAGGUUGCUGACUCGUCAGCACUUCAUGCCUGCGACCUCUUAAGUGACCAGUCAGAAGAUGAAACAACUCCCUCAGAUGAAGAUGUUUCCAAUGGCCUAGAGUAUCUGAAAGGCUAUCCCCCUUACUCACCGUAUAUAGGAAGUUCUCCCACCUUCUGCCAUUUGCUUCAUGAAAAAGUGCCAUUUUGCUGUCUAAGGUUAGAUAAGGGGUGCCAGCAUAAUUACUACGAAGAUGCCAAAGCCUAUGGAUUCAAAAACAAAAUCAUUAUAGUCGCUGCAGAGACUGCUGGGAAUGGCCUCUACAACUUCAUUGUGCCUCUCAGGGCUUACUACAGACCAAAGAAAGAACUCAACCCAAUAGUGUUACUGUUGGACAAUCCGCCAGAUAUGCAUUUUCUGGAUGCAAUCUGUUGGUUUCCAAUGGUUUACUACAUGGUGGGCUCUAUUGACAACCUAGAUGAUUUGCUAAAGUGUGGGGUGACCUUUGCUGCAAACAUGGUCGUGGUGGAUAAAGAAAGUACUAUGAGUGCUGAAGAAGACUACAUGGCAGAUGCAAAGACGAUUGUAAAUGUCCAAACUCUUUUUAGGUUAUUCUCCAGUCUAAGCAUUAUCACAGAAUUAACGCAUCCAGCCAACAUGAGAUUCAUGCAGUUCAGGGCCAAAGACUGUUAUUCUCUUGCGCUAUCAAAAUUGGAGAAGAAAGAACGAGAGAAGGGAUCCAAUCUCGCCUUCAUGUUUCGAUUACCCUUUGCUGCUGGCAGAGUUUUCAGUAUCAGCAUGCUGGACACGCUGCUGUACCAGUCAUUUGUUAAGGAUUACAUGAUCUCCAUUGCAAGACUUUUGCUGGGAUUAGAUACAACACCAGGAUCUGGAUUUCUUUGUUCUAUGAAAAUCACAGAAGAUGAUUUGUGGAUCAGAACAUAUGCCCGACUUUAUCAGAAGCUCUGUUCUUCUACAGGAGAUAUUCCUAUUGGAAUCUAUAGAACCGAAUCACAGAAACUUGCAACAUCAGAGUCCCAAAUUUCUAUUAGUGUGGAAGAAUGGGAGGACACCAAGGAUAACAAAGAACAAUUUAACUACCGUAACAAUCAUCGUAACUCAACAUCCAGUGAUCAAUCAGAUCAUCCUUUGUUACGACGCAAAAGUAUGCAGUGGGCUCGGCGACUGAGCCGAAAAGUUCCAAAGCACUCAGCAAAAACAGCGGAGAAAAUAAGUCAGCAGAGAAUGAAUCUCUACAGAAGGUCAGAAAGACAGGAACUUGCUGAACUGGUGAAAAACAGAAUGAAACAUCUGGGACUUUCAACAGCAGGCUACGAUGAAAUGAAUGACCAUCAUAACACGCUUUCCUACAUCCUGAUCAAUCCUUCACCAGACACACGACUUGAGCUGAAUGAUGUUGUAUACUUGAUUCGUCCAGAUCCAUUGUCAUACGUUCCAAACACUAAGUCCAGCCGGAAAAACAGCUUCUGCCAUGCAAUUGGGCAAGACACCAGGGAAGAAACACAGCUUUGA